CCUUUCUUGUUUCUUCAUUUACUACUAAAAAUCAUUUAACAAUACAGAUAUUUCAGUUCAGUUCUUACUAAAAAUGGCUUGUGAGUCAAGAUUAGAAGAGCUAAAUUUUGUUUUGGUACCAUUACUUGCUGUAAGUCACAUCAUACCCAUGGUAGACAUUGCCAAAUUGUUAGCACAAAGAGGCGUGAUUGUCACUUUAGUCAUGACGCCUCUUAAUGCUAUGCGAUUUACUGCAGCAAUUGAUCGCGCCAUUGAUUCUGGACUCCUCAUUCGGGUACUUCAUCUCCGUUUUCCAGCCAAGGAAGCGGGAUUGCCUGAGGGAUGUGAAAGUGUCGAUCUUCUCCCCGGUCUAGCUUAUCGAAGAAAUUUUUUUACUGCAAUUGAUAUGUUACAAGACCAAGCUGAAAAAUUGCUUCAAGAGAUUCAGCCUAAGCCGAGUUGCAUUAUUUCCGAUAUGCAUAUUGCUUGGACAGCUGAAACAGCUGAUAAGUUUCAGAUUCCGAGAAUUAUUUUUGAUGGAAUGAGUUGUUUCAAUCAGUUGUGUAUGCAUAAUUUGUAUAUCAUGAAGGAUCAAAACAGAAUCCCUGAAUCAGGGCAUUUUGUGAUCCCUGAUUUGCCUGAUACAAUUGAAGUAACUAAAGUUCAGCUACCUGGAGCGUUUAAUCCCCCGCCACUUCACGUGCAAGACUUUCGAGACAAAAUACGAGCAGCUGAAAUAAGUGCCUAUGGGGUUAUAAUCAAUACUUUUGCGGAGUUGGAAGAAAAUUAUGUUGAUGAAUUCAGAAAACUUAAAAAUGGUAGAGCUUGGUGUGUAGGUCCUUUGUCUCUCUGUAACAAUGAGAGUCUAGAUAAAGCGCAGAGAGGGAAUAUGACGUCAUUUGACGAAGAGGAACGUUUGAAGAAAUGGCUUGAUUCAUGGCAGCCUGAGUCUGUUGUGUAUGCGUGUUUGGGAAGCCUUAGUCAGACCACAGUUGUACAGUUUGCGGAGCUGGCUUUAGGCCUGGAAGCAUCAGGUUAUCCGUUUAUUUUAGUCGUAAAAUCAGGGGAAAGACAAGCACCAAUAGAGGAAUGGAUAUCGGAAAAUGGAUUUGAAGAAAGAAUAAAAGAGAGAGGGCUUUUGAUCCGGGGCUGGGCACCACAAGUAGUAAUUCUAUCACACCCUGCGAUUGGUGGGUUCUUGACUCAUUGUGGUUGGAAUUCGUCCCUUGAAGGGAUUAGUGCUGGUGUGCCUAUGAUCACUUGGCCUUUAUUCGCGGAGCAGUUUUUAAACGAGAGAUUUUUAGUACAUGUCUUGAAGACGGGCGUGAGUGUUGGAUCUCAGGAAGUUGUGCAUUUCGGUGAGGAAGAGAAAUAUGAAGUCCAAGUGAGCAAAGAAGAAGUGACGAAAGCCAUAAAAGAAGUGAUGGACAAAGAGAAAAAAGCAAAUAAUAGGAGAAUAAGAGCCAAAGAAGUUAGAGAAAUGGCAAAAAAAGCUAUAGAAGAAGGUGGAUCUUCUCAUCUCAGUUUGACACUACUAAUCAAAGAAGUACAAGAAUUCAACUAAACCAAUUAGCUUAAAAUGAUUAUGCACAAGCACGCAGUGUACUUUCUUUGAUUUUUAUGUUUUUGGUAGCGCAAGCGAAAUCAGGGAAGGGAUUAGAAAGUGAAGAAUCAAACCCUCACAGGUGAAAUUCAGACAACCAAUCAACUGAACUACUAAGAUUCCCCAAUUAUUUUUGUACACGAAUACGACAAGACACAGUUAUAUAUUAAUUUUGCCAGUUUCAACUUUCAACAAUGAGUUUUAUAUUAAGUAUAAUUAAGUGAUUGGUGACUGUAUUGCCACAUAAAAGGAAGUGUUGUCUCAUAAUGUAGUUUGCCAAAAUUCAACACGCAUUACAACAUAUCCCAAUUAAGUAAA